AUGUCAACAGAACAGGAAACCAUCACCGGAAGAGCCCGAUACCAACCGUUAAGGAGAGAAGUCCAUAGGGCGGCCCAAGAGAAUCCCAGUAACAGAGAGAGCCAUGCCCAACCAGGUCUCCAUGGCUUCGCCCCCGGGGUCCCGCAGCUCCUAGUCUACCGCGACGCGCUAGGCCGGAACCGCCGCGUAUCGAUCCAGGAGGCCAUAAAAUCGGCCCGAGACGAAAACUGCCUCACCGAGGCUCUCUUCCUCUCUCGCUUCCUCUCACCGUCCGCCUUGGUCGCGGAAGAGGUCCUGCGCCGUCAGCACAACCGAGCCGUCGAGGAAGCCCGGAACGCCGAGACGGGCCGAGAUGUCAGGCAUCGAGAGGCAGAGUGGGGAUUUGCGCUUGGCCCGGGGCCGCAUGCAGUCGGCAACGGUGACGCAAGGAGAGCUCCGUCUCCUGCGGUGCGAGUCGCAGGAAUGCCUGCGCAGUGGAUAACAGCAGAUGCCGGUUUGUUGGGGGAAGCUGUCCGGCCUGAACCUGUGGCUGGCGUCUGGCCGACCUGGCCCGAGACCACGCCGGGAGACAGCGCAGAACGGGGCCAGUCACAUCACACUGGUAAUGACCGCUGGAGCGACGUCAAACUGCAGCAAGGUCAAAAGAGCCAAACUUGGGCGACUACCCAGACGGAAAUAGCAGCUCCUCAGGAGCCAGACACAAAUGCAACGAAGCCAGAACCAGAGCACGAUAGAAUGACGUCCCCGCCACCGAGUCGGCCGACGUCAACAGCUCAACCACAGCUGAGCGGGCGGCCAUCGCAGGCGAGCCUGAGGACGAAAGGGAGCUUGAGCAGCUACGCAUCGACCAUCAGUCUGACGCACGUGGACGCGCGCUCGAAUCUGCUCGACUGCGACGCCAUGGGUGGGUUUUUUGUUGUCCGGCAGCAGCUUCAGGAGCAGCAGUGCCAGAAGGACAACAAGGUUGACGAGAGCGACUCGGACCAAGAGCCGUUUGGUACAAGAGCAGGCAUUUUUCGACCGCUGGGGCGCGAGCACCAUCCAAACAUGCCGCGGAAGCACUCGCGCGAGUGCAAGAGCAAGUGCAGAGAUGACGGAGGAGAAAAAACCACGGCGACGUUGGAGAACGAGGAGGAUGAUUACGUGAUGGUGGAAAAGCCAAAGGCAACCCGUUGA